UUGCCCGCCUCCCUCCCUCGGGCGCUGACCCUCCUGUGGUUGUCUGCAGCGGUGAUGGGAAUGCCCAACCCGAGUCAACGGGACCUGCUGAUGCGCCUGGAGGUGUCCAAGCAGAUGGGCGGCGACGCGGCGCUCACGCCGGCCGAGCUGCGAUUGGACGGCAAGCUUCAGCGGCUGAAGGAGCGCGAGAUGGCGGCCGAGCCCUUCCCGCCCGCCGUCCACUUCUUCAAGGCCCGGAGCCUCAUACGUGCCAGUCAGGUCUUCAAGCUGCUGCAGGAAAUGCCCAAAGGCGGCGCCCUGCACAUCCACAGCACAUCCCUGGCGAGUGCCGAAUGGCUGGUGAAGAACGUGACGUACCGGCCGCACUGCUACAUCUGCUUCACGUGGGACAACUCGGUGCGCUUCAUCUUCUCUCAGCGAUGGCCGUACCCGCGCUGGGACUGCUUCUACUGGCAGCUCCUCAGCACACUCCGAGCCAAAGCGAGCGACCUCAACGCCUUCGACGAAAGCUUGAUGCGGCAUCUCACGCUGGUCACCGACGACCCGGACGCAGAGUACCCAGACCAGAACGCUGCGUGGAGCAAAUUCGAGAGUGCCUUCAUUGCCAGUGCCGGGCUGGUUAGCCACGCCCCCGUCCUGAGGGAUAGCUUCCUACAGGGCCUGCACGAGCUGCACCAAGACAACGUCAUGUAUCUGGAGCUGCGCAACGGCCUGUCCAAGACGUACGAGCUGGACGGAACCGUCCACGACAAGAUGUGGACGCUGAAGACUUUUCAAGACGUCACCAAGCAGUUUGUGGCCGAUCACCCGGACUUCCUGGGCGCCCGCCUCAUCAUAGCCGUGCACAGGUCAUCGAGCGCAUCGGAGGUGAAGGCGGCCGUGAAGGAGGCCGUGGCGCUGCAGAAGGACUUCCCCGACGUGGUGGCGGGAUUUGACCUGGUGGGCAGGGAGGACACCGGCAGUCCGCUUUGGUACUUCCGGGACGCGCUGGAGCUGCCCGCCCAGCUGGGUGUCAACCUGCCUUACUUCUUUCACGCAGGUGAAACCGACAGGGAGGGCACGGAGGCGGAUCAGAACAUUAUGGACGCCCUCCUUUUUAACACCAGCCGUAUCGGGCAUGGCUAUGCCCUGGCGCGCCACCCGCUCGCCAAGGAGAUGUCCAGACAGAGGAAGGUGGCGGUGGAGGUGUGCCCCAUCUCCAACCAGGUCCUAAAGCUGGUCUCAGACCUGCGCAACCACCCGGGCGCAGUGCUGAUGUCGGAGGGCCACCCGAUGGUCAUCAGCUCAGACGACCCGUCCAUGUUCGGCACAUCGGGCUUGUCCUAUGAUUUUUACCAGGCCUUUGUGGGCCUUGGCGGCAUGAAGGCCAACGUGGGCACGCUGAAGGAACUGGCACGCAACUCUCUCAGGUACAGCUCGCUGCCGGCGCCGCUCAAGGACGCCGGACUGGCCGCGUGGCAGAGGAAAUGGGACGCUUUUGUUUCGGCUCACUCUUGAAACCCCAGCGGAAUCUUUUUGAACACUUAAUGGACCUGACUUUCGACAUCACGCUUUGGUGAAGCUUUGUCAGGCCUGAACAAUCACAGAGGCAACUUUUUGAUCCACCAUGUAACCACCAACAAUCAUUAAGCAAAUAAAAAGGACAUCAAGCUCACUGGCCGAUUGAACC